GUGAAACCAAUAUCAUAUGUUUGAAGCUUCGCACGCAGAUUUCAAGAUUCAAGUACUUUCCCGUUUAUAAUAUUGCAAAAGGAUUAGAUGGCAUUAACUGAUGCUGAUAUUGCAAGGCACAUAAUUCUAGACAUUAUUGACGGUAAUGCUGAGCCUAUGUUACCAGAAGAUUGUUGCAUAUUCAAAGUUCAUGAUGUUCUCAGGAAAGAAAAUGAGGAGGCCUUCACUCCUUAUUUGGUCUCAAUUGGUCCAAUUCAUCGGAACAAUGAAAUACUGCAACCAACGGAAAAGCAUAAAAUCAAAUAUUUUAUGCAUUUUCGUCAACGUCUACCAAAUGGACAAGAGGAUUUAGAGAACUUCACAGCUUAUAUCGGAAGCGAAGAAAGCAAGAUCCGAGGGUAUUAUUCAGAGACAUACUCUGAGCAGGGGAAGAGAGAAUUUGUGCAUAUGAUAUUGUUAGAUUCCGUCUUCAUCAUGGAACUCUUUCUUUGAAAUUGGUAUGACGAUCCCGAUGAAACUACUGACGAUGUCUUGUUUUCCAAUUCUUGGAUGAAGAAGAGCAUUGAGCGGGAUUUACUACUCAUCGAAAACCAGAUUCCAGUUUUUGUCUUGAAGAAAUUAUUUGUCUCGGUGCCUACUGGCGAAGGGACUACGGGACCAUCAAGUUUUCUUUUGCUUUCCUGCUGCUACUUUGAAACAUAUGACCCUAGCUUGAAAGUAAAAUAUAAAAGAGAUCAAUUGAAAGCCAACAAUAGAGGAGAUCAAUUGGUAUUGAACGGAAGAAGACAACAGUUGCUCAAGCAGCAUUGGAAAACGCCGGAUCAUUUCACUGAUUUGAUGAGAUAUUUUUUCAUUCCUCAGGGUUUGUGUUACGAUGGCGUUUCCACCCCUGUCGUGAAGACCGCAACAAAGUUAGAAGAGUCAGGGAUAACUUUUGAGCCAAUGCCAAAGGCAUGCCGACUUGAUGUCAAGUUCCGGAAAAGAGAAUAUGUGCAUUGGCUAAGUUGGUUUCCUCCUUUGUGCUGGCUAAAUUUUUUAAGUGCUCGUUUGCAAAUCCCAAGACUCAUUGUCGAUGGCUCAACAGAAUCUAUUUUACUCAACUUCAUGGCCUUGGAGAUGCUUCAUUAUCCUGACCAUCAUUGGGUUUGCAACUAUGCUGCUCUGUUUGACAAUCUCAUUGACACUGAAAAGGACGUGGAUGUGCUAGUUGAGAGCCAAGUUAUUGAACACAAACUGGGGAGGAACGAAGAUUUGGCAAAUCUAUUCAACAAAAUCUGUAAAAACAUUGUUGUGAAAUCCAGUUGUUAUGCCACUCUUGCAAAAGACCUGAAUAACCACUACGACAGCCCUUUUAACAGCACCAUGGCACAACUGAGGUUGGUAUACUUCCGAGGCCUAUGGAGAUGUACCGGCACACUAGUGGACGUUGCUGUUCUUGCUUUUGCUAUCACCGGCUUCAUCGAAGCCAUUGAAGAUUUAACCUAAGAUUAAUUGUUUUCUUAUAUAUUUCUAUGCUGAUCCAUUGCAAUUUUAAUGGCUGUACAAGAAAAAUAAGUUGGUUAAUUUCAAUAUCAUGUUUUUGUUUGCAAGGCAUAGGAUUCUUUUGCAUGUGGCUUGAUAUUUGACAUUUGA